GCAUGUGCUCAGGUCGCUAUCCGGCUGCUAGUACUUGGUUCAGGCGGUUCAGGGAAAGGUUGCACCCACUACGCCUGCGCAACCUCAGCCCCGCCCCUCCGCUGCUUUCCCCGGAAACGCUUCUUUCCUACAGAGUCGCUCCCGCCGCUGCGGUCGCUGGAGCUUUGCCUCUCUAGGCCGGCAGCACCUCUCCUCCAUGGUCAUGUCUAUCGGCGCUGUUUUGGGAGCCCGCGGGUGAGGCCGGGCCACGCUCGAACACUUCGAUCGUCGAGUCUGUCACUGGGCAUGGCGGGUCAGUUCCGCAGCUACGUGUGGGACCCGCUGCUGAUCCUGUCGCAGAUCGUCCUCAUGCAGACCGUGUAUUACGGCUCGCUGGGCCUGUGGCUGGCGCUGGUGGACGGGCUAGUGCGAAGCAGCCCCUCGCUGGACCAGAUGUUCGACGCCGAGAUCCUGGGCUUUUCCACCCCUCCAGGCCGGCUCUCCAUGAUGUCCUUCAUCCUCAACGCGCUCACCUGUGCCCUGGGCUUGCUGUACUUCAUCCGGCGAGGAAAGCAGUGUCUGGAUUUCACUGUCACUGUCCAUUUCUUUCACCUCCUGGGCUGCUGGUUCUACAGCUCCCGUUUCCCCUCGGCGCUGACCUGGUGGCUGGUCCAAGCCGUGUGCAUUGCACUCAUGGCUGUCAUCGGGGAGUACCUGUGCAUGCGGACGGAGCUCAAGGAGAUACCCCUCAACUCAGCCCCUAAAUCCAAUGUCUAGAAUUGGGCCCUUUGGACAUCCUGCUGACACUUGGGGCCCUUAACACCUUGGGCUGCUCAGACCCUACAGAUGAGGUCCAGCCUAGAUCUGAGAGGAACCCUGGAAAUGUGAAGUGUCUGUUGGUGUGGGAGAGAUAGUGAGGGCCUGUCAAAGAAGGCAGGUAGCAGUCAGCAUGACAGCUGCAAGAAUGGCCUCUGUCUGCUGAAGCCUUGGUAUCUGAGAGGUCAGGAAGGGGACCUCUUUGAGAGUAAUAACAGAAUUGGAACCAUGCCACUUUUGAGCCACAAUACCUGUCACCAGCCUGUUGUUUUAAGAGAGAAAAAACAUCAAGGAUAUCUGAUUGGAGCAAACCA